AUGUCGAUUUGGUCAGCGCCUCUGAUUAUGUCCAACGAUCUUCGCACCAUUGCUCCCGAAUUUCAACGGAUUCUUCUCAAUCGUGAUGUCAUCGCCAUCGAUCAAGAUCCCUUGGGGAGAAUGGGAAGGCUUAUGGCAAAUAUGUCAGAGGUUAAUAUGGCAGGUUCGACGAAAACAAGCGCUCUUGGAGUAACAUUACCUAAGGCACAACGGUCUUUUAGUGCUCGUGAUUCCUAG